AAACUAAUAUUUAUUUAAAAAAUAUAUAAAAUUAGUUAGGGAUUUUGUUAUUUUUUGUAUUAUCCCAAUUAUCCCUAGAAGUCAAGAUGGACGACACCAUCUUCAAUUCUUGUAUUGUUGGUGCAUAAUAGACAGUUUCUUCUAAUAAAACGGUGUUGGCAAUUUUCGCCCUACAAUGAAGCCCCUUGGGUCGACAGUUUGAUUAAAUUCUGACGAUUCCUUACAUUAAAGCUGCUUAAAGGCUUGCCUGUGUGUUAAUGUUUUAAAAAAUUGUAAAUCCGAAUUGGGCAAACAUGUUCAACAGCAGCCUUUUGUACGAAAAACGGCCUUUAAAAAAGCCGAAAAUCGGCCCUCCGGAUGUUUAUCCACAAGAGCCGAAACAAAAAGAGGACGAAUUGACGAGUGUCAAUGUAAAACAUGGAUUCCUAACAAUGACCCAUUUAAGUGACGAAUUUGGUACGGCAAGAAAUUGCAAUGUUUCAGCUAGCAAAGUUGGGGAUUAUUUCAAUGACAUUAUCAAGCGGAAGGAAGAGUUGAGUAUGUUACCGGAUUCACUCAGGAAGAGGCCACAAAUCAACCCUAAAGACAACUUCUGGCCUGCUACAAUAAGGACCAAAAAUGCCAUAGAAUUGUGGUUUAAAGAUUUAGCUGGAAACAAGCCUUUGAUGCAUUUGUCGAAAAAAGCGCCAAAUUUUAAUAAGAAAGAGGAGAUUUUUAUCAUGCUGUGCGAGUAUCAGGUGCCUAUGAUGCGAGCCGCCUGGUUUAUUAAAUUGAGUUCUGCUUACACGGUUGCUGUUUCUGAGGCCAAGAUCAAGAAAAGACAAAUGCCGGACCCUACCACAGAAUGGACAGGUACUUUAUUGAAGUUUCUCAAAGAACAAAUACUAAAACUCCAAGAUUAUUACUCUCUAAGUGAGAGACCUCCUCAAACUCCGUCACUUACUCAAGCCGCUACCACGGAAACUGACCAAAAAUUUGCAAUGCGGCAUUGGAUAUACUGCACACAGUUACUUAAAUAUACGUACGAGGAGGGCCUCAUGGACAGGCAAGAAGUCCUGACUUGGAUUUUGGAACUUUUGGAAAAAAUGAGGUCACAACCUUCUGAUGACGGGAUUUUACGUCUUUUGAUGCCCUUAUGUUUGCAAUAUUUGGACGAAUUUGUCCAAUCUGAAUUAUUAUCGCGACGUUUGGCUCACUUGUGCUGCAAAAAACUGGGUUACAUGUUGAACAACGUCGCUGAAAAUAAUUUAAUUACGUCACCUCAAAGUGAGUCCAAAACUGAACAAAAAGACAGUGAAAAAGAGAAGAAGGACGUUCCGGCGACCAAUCCUAUGCAAAGUACGCUCAUGGAGUACCAAAAUUGUCCUCACCAUCGAGAUAUCGUGUUACAAUUGAGCACAGUUAUCCAAACUAUAACUCUAGAAUGCCCAACUGCUCUAGUUUGGUGUGGUACCGGCAUUGGUAGUGUUUGGUACGGCUCUCCCCUAGAUUUACUACCAAUGAUACCAUCGUCGCUCCCAAUGGCAGCUCGUUGUGACAUGAAUACCUACCGAAAACAAUUGCAAUUUGCCGAACAUUGCAUCAGAGAGAGGAGUAAGAGGGCGGAAGGCCGGUGGUGUACCGAAAAGUGGCAAAAUUCAUCUGCCGGAACAAUCACGAAUCGUGUGUUGGCUGCUUUAGACGCCCUCGACCGCCAUCGUUUUGACAAAAUGGACUCUACAAACUCUCUCGACACACUGUACACUAAAGUUUUUGGUGGAAAUAGCGACCAGGAGAAUUCCGUGGUGAAACUACUGUGUGAGUGGGCCGUUUCGCCGGAACGAACUGGUGAACAUCGAGCUCUGGCGGUGGCGGCGCUUCUUGAUCGCCGCCAAUCCGAUUCGGCCACAAACGGAGAUCAAGAAGCCACUCCUGGAGAUGAUAAAGACUCGAAUUGCUCUGUGCCAGGGGGUCCCCCUAUGUUCCAACAAUUGUUGAUGAAAUUUCUAGACAGUGAUGCCCCUGUACCGGCUCCUGAUGAUUGUCCUCAGAAAAAAACAGCGUUUUCGAAUUUAGUUCAUUUAUUUGCUGAGUUGAUAAGGAGGGAUGUUUUCUCGCAUGAUGCUUACAUGUGUACGUUGAUAUCGAGGGGCGAUUUGUUGGGGCCUGAGGAAACCACCGAUGUGACUACAAGCCACCAAUCGCAUCACACGAAAUUAGAGGACCAUUCACAUAAUAUGGAUUUUGAUGAUGCAACAAUUGACCACGAUUUAGAUAAAAUUUUACAAAACAUUAAAGAGGACCAACAAAAUUCUAUGGACGUGCCUGAUAGUCCUAAAGAACACGACCAUGGGCACCACCCGCACCAAUCUUCCAUCGGUCACGUGCCCAUGGAGACUGACCAUAACGACCAUAAAGUCAAACCGUCACGCCAUCUUCUCUACACCACCCAUUUCCCCUUGUACCAGGACGACCCAUUUUCGCAACAUGACUGUAAUCAGCGACAUGUCCUUCUCUACGGAGUGGGAAAAGUCCGAGAUGAGGCUCGACACACGGUUAAGAAAAUGUCAAAAGAGAUUUGUAAACUAUUUUCGAAAAAAUUUAGCAUAGAUGUCGCCGAAGGCGGCAAAGUUAAGAAACAUUCGCGUAACGAAUUCAAUUUCGAAGCUACCACACAGAAAUGUCAAAGUUUAAGUUACUUCGACCAGCACUUGGUCACGUGGCAGUGCAGUGUGACAGUUAUCGAAAUGUUGAAUUCUUUUGCCACCGGAAAUUCGAAUUAUUUGCCAGUCCAAGAGCACGUAGCGUUUCUUUUUGAUUUAAUGGAGUUGGCGUUGAAUAUUUACGGCCUAAUAGAUGUUUGUAUCCAAAUCUUGAAAGAACUUCCAGAAGUUGAGACACAAUUAUAUAAUAAAAACUCAGUUUUGACCCGAAAUUAUACAACUUCCUUGAGUCUUUACGUGGUGGGAGUUUUGCGACGAUAUCAUUGUUGUUUGUUGUUAUCACCGGAACAAACCUCUGCCGUUUUUGAAGGCCUCUGCAAGGUCGUCAAACACGUGAGCAAUCCGGGCGAUUGUAGUUCCGCCGAAAGAUGUAUUUUGGCCCACUUGUAUGACCUUUACUCGUCUUGUAGCCUUUUAAAAUCGAAGCCUCACACGGGUGAGCCUUUUGGAAAUGCUUACCCGAAAAUCCGGCAAGCUUUAUACACUGCAUUGCAACCGACGCCGAGUAGUAAUUAUGUAUACAACUCGGGUUACAUGCAGGAAGUUUUCACCAAUCCGAGACGGGGCGGUCGAAUUGAGAGUUCGUGGGCGAGACCUUUGAACGAAAGUGCAAAUAAUAGAUAUUCGUUUGUUAGCAAUGCGGUUAUCUACGUUUGUCGUGAAACAGAUAACGAGAGGUUGAACGAUUUGGCGAUAAUGUGUGCCGAAAUGACGGCAUGUUGUAACUCAUUGGCGUCGGAAUGGUUGGGGGUGUUGUUGGCGCUGUGUUGCCCCAUUGCCCAUCCUGGAUAUUACACGGAUGUUUUGGCACAGCUUGAUAUACAAGAUGUGAGCAUACAUAACGCUUUAGCCGUUUUCACUUGUAUUCUAAUCGCGAGGCAUUGUUUUUCGUUGGAAGAUUUCGUAGGGAGGGUCGCUUUACCCAGCCUGUUGAAGGUUAAAACGUUGGAUAAUGGUAGCGGAGCAGCAGAGGGUGGCAUGCGCCUCACGUGCCACCUUCUUCUCCGUCUCUUCCGCACGGCUGAGGGCCCCCAGCCCGGCUUAUAUUCUGUCGGUUCGCCCCCAUUGACCGCUCCUAGGCCCCCUUUGGGUGUGCGUCUUAGCUGUGACCGUCACUUGCUUGCUGCCGCCCAUCGAAACAUCCACGUAGGUCCGGUUUUAGCUGUUCUCAAAGCCGUUUUGAUUGUCGGCGACGCCACAGCUCGUGAAGGCACAGAACUCAGCAUCUCGCAUAUUCUGGGCACCAGUGAUCUGAUGAGUGGUGGUGACGGGCCUUCCCUGGAUCUGGCGGUAGACAUGGAGGUCUGCGGCUCCAGGACGGCCCAUAGACAAUCAAGCACGGGAAACGCUGAAAGUACAGCCUCCUUAUCGGCGUUCGCUUGUCACGUGUUGCGUGAGAUUUGCUCUCAACAGUGGGUUCUGGAGCGUUGUCUUUCUCACCCGGAGGAACUCUGCGACUCCGAUAACCUUCUCGAUCCCCUUUUAUCGCACUCCCAAGCUCAAAGACUGCUUCACAUGAUCUGUUACCCUGACGCAGGAACCAGUAUUGAAGAACUGGACCAGAAAAGUAUGAUAAGUCGGAUAUUAGAGAAUUUGGAACAAUGGACGUUGCGUAUGUCGUGGCUCGAUUUGCAAUUAAUGUUUCGACAAUUCACCCCGAAUUCGCAGGAGUUGUCCCAGUGGUUGGACACUGUGGCCAAAGCCGCCAUUGAUGUUUUCCAAUUGAAUUCAUCUUCGUCAAAUUCGCCCAAAUCUGAUGAGAAAAAACCUGAAAUUAAAAAUCGUGCGCAGAACUCAAUUUGGUUGGUGGCGCCUCUUGUGUCGAAGCUGCCAAGUGCGGUUCAAGGACGAGUUCUUAAGGUUGCUGGUCAAGUUCUUGAGAGCGGCGGUUGGUGCAAGGAAACGAAGAGUAAGGGACGUGGAGGGAAUGACAGUCAUAGUCUCUUGAGUCAUCAGCCUUUCCUUACUUUGGUUUUGACCUGUUUGAAGGGUCAAGAGGAGGGUCAAAGGGAAGGUCUUUUGUCGAGUCUUCACCAACAGUUAUCACAAUUAGUACAACUGGCUCGUGACGGCAAUUUGCAAGAUAUUUGCAACAGCGAACGCACCCUCGACGGGUUGCAGUUGAGAUUUGCGCUGGUAGGAGGCGUGUUUGAGGCAUUUCAGAGGAAUCCAUCAGCCACCACCGACUGGGCUUUGCUUUUGGUGCAGUUGAUAACGAAUGGAUUGAUCGAUUUACAUACGCAUAGUGAGUUAUUUACCACUGUUGUCGAUAUGUUGGCAACACUGAUUCAUUCAGCAUUGGCGACUGAUAGUCAGGAUGAGGGCAGGAAGAUGUAUCAGAAUUUGAUGAAAAAACUGAAAAAGGAAGUUGGGGAGAGACACAACGCAUCGUUGCAACACGUGAGACAAUUACUUCCAUUACCGAGGUCCGUAACUGAAAUAAUUGCCGUUGAACCCAUCGGCUGGGUCACCGAUGGCAAAGGAAACAAAAUCAGUUUUGAUAGUUUAGAUAAGAAACAUGGGUUUCAGGUGACUGACAAGCAACGUGUGAGCAGUUGGGACAUUCUCGAAGGUAUGAAAAAUCCAGCUCCUUUGUCGUGGGCUUGGUUUGGGGCUGUCCGCCUCGAACGGAAACCUUUGACCGGGGAAGACAACCACCGCCUUCUCAAAUACCACACUCACAACCUCCAACGACCUCCAUCGCACUACUUGGACCCUCCACCACUCCCUCCGGAGGAUUUGGAGCCCGUCCCCGACAAACCGCUAAAGGACUGUGACCUGAAGGCGGACACUCCUUCUUCCGUGGACCAGAGCCCAGCUGCCAUGGGCAAAGGUCGUGGUAAAGGUCAGCGUCGGCCUCGCAAACCUAAAACCGUCCCGGGACAACUUCCUGUCAAUCCCAUGGGCAUGAACCAGCCCCAGAUGGGUCAAGGGCAAAUGCCGAUGCAGGUGCCGGGACCGAACCCACAAAUGCACAAUAUGGGGGGCUAUGGACAAGGUCCCAUACCGCAACAAGGCCAACAGUAUGGUAACAACCAACAGCAAUGGUACAACCAACAGCAGCAACAACAGAAUUAUUAUCCGCCUCAGAUGGCCAACGUUAACCGCUUCGAAAGGCCGCAACAGAUUAAUCAAUCCAAGCAAGCGCUUUCUAAUUUGCUGCGUUCGAGGCAUCCUUUGAAUAUGGGGCCAACAGGCCAAACCCCGCAAGGGCCGGGGCCCCAAGCUAACUACGGACCGAUGAGAAGUUUCCCGAGGCAACCAAUGAGGCAACAACAUCCAGGUGCAAUACAGCAAAAUCAGAACAUGUUCCCACAGCAGUACGGCUCAAUGCAAGCCGGUAUGAACCAGUUGUAUGGCAACUACGGGGGCACUCCCAACACGAUGAUGCCCAACAACAUGCAGGCGAGUCAGCAGAUGAUGCAGGGCUCCCAACCAAAUAUGUUCGCUGGUCAACAGCAAGGAUUCGGGCAGCCAAGGCCCCCGCAACCCGACUACCGCGGAAUGGCCCAAAACCCCCGUACGCAAUAUAUGCAACAAGCGCCAAAUGUGACAAUGAAUGCGAAUAUGAACACCAUGGGUGGGAUGGCGGCACAAGGGGGCCCAGCGCCGCCCUACUCAAGGCAAACACCGCAAGGAAUGCAACCGGGAGUCCAACAACCGAAUCAGUUCCAACAGCAGAGGAUUAGACAGCAAAUGAUGGCUAUGCAACAACAGCAGCAGCAACAACAAGGGGGCCCACAGGGGAACACACCCUCAUUAGUGGCACAUUUACAGAGGCAAAUGAAUCCCAAUCCGUAUCAGCAUCAGCCACCUCCAUAUAAUAUGUAAGAGUGAAAGUCGUGUGUGUUGUGAAGUGUGUAAAUAAAUUUAUUUACAUGAAAUUGUGUUUUUUGUUAUGAAAUAAAUAAUUUAAACCCCU